CGCCCCUCAGGGCCCUGCAUCUCACCAUGUCGGUGGCCGUGGAGAUCUUCGGCUUCUUCAUGGCGGCCCUGGGGCUGCUGAUGCUGGGGGUGACCCUGCCACACAGCUACUGGCGAGUGUCCACCGUGCACGGGAGCGUCAUCACCACCAACACCAUCUUCGAGAACCUCUGGUUUAGCUGUGCCACCGACUCCCUGGGAGUCUACAGCUGCCGGGAGUUCCCGUCCUUGCUGGCCCUCUCCGGGUACCUCCAGGCCUGCCGGGCGCUCAUGAUCACCGCCAUCUUCCUGGGCUUCCUGGGCCUCUUCCUAGGCAUGGCGGGGCUGCGCUGCAUAAACAUCGGGAGCAUGGAGCUCUCCAGGAAGGCCAGGCUGGCCGCCGUCGCAGGGGCCCUGCACAUACUGGCUGGUUUCUGCGGGAUGGUGGCCAUCUCCUGGUACGCCUUCAACAUCACCCGCGAAUUCUUCGACCCCUUGUAUCCCGGGACCAAGUACGAGCUGGGCCCCGCCCUCUACCUGGGCUGGAGCGCUUCCCUGCUCGCCAUCCUGGGCGGUGUCUGCCUCGGCUCCACCUGCUGCCGCACUCCCGACGCGGCCCCGGCCCCCAGGCUCCCCUACGAGGCCUCCGCGGUGCGGUCCCCCGGCCUCGCCGCCCCCCUGCACCCCGCGGUCUCGGACGAAGAAGGCGACAGCAGCUUUGGCAAAUACGGGAAGAACGCUUACGUGUAGGAGGCCCGUGGACCCCGUGCCCCUGCCUCUGCCCCCAGCGGCCGGAGGUCCCGCCAACCCCGGGCUGCAGGCCACGCCCCGACUCCGCCCCGUGCCCCCGAGCCACGCCCGGCUCUGACCGCGCCUCCUUCGUCUGACCGAGAACCUGCCUCCUGAGAACUCACCUCGGACUCCUGAGGCAGGACCUUCUGGGGCUGGGCUCUGGUUGGUUAAGGGAGCAGAGGCGACCCCGACUGUUUGUAUUCUGUAUGAUCUAUGCAGAAAUAAAUUUGUACCGUGAACUGUU